GUCCUCCGAGGGCAUCGGAGCGACCUCAGCGCUGUCAUUCGGUUAUCGCAGUAACUUUUGUCAGUGUUGUUUCCAUUGUAUUGGUUUCAAAGUUUUAAGCAAAAUUAAUGUUACAUAUACGAUAAUAAUUCUGUACGGGUAUCGAUUGGACGGCUGGGGAACGGUCGUAAGAAAUGAAUAUAGUUAAAGAAAGUUUGGUUUGUAGGUCAGCGUCGAGGAGAUUAUUUCUACGAUCCGUGCCCGUAGAACCACAAAGAAGAAUUAGCGGGAUAAACGUAAAUGAUUUGAAAGCCGAUAUUAUAUUGAGCGCAAAUAACAGGAAGGUUUGCGUAAAGAAUUUAAAACUCUAUCGACCAGCGAGCAGAUCGUCGAGCCAAGAAGAGGUUAGUAAAGCUGCUGUUCUGGUACCGCUAUGCAUGCACAAAGGUGAACUCGGAUUGCUAUAUACUCUAAGGUCAAAGAAGCUAAACACUAACAGAGGACAAGUAUCAUUCCCCGGAGGAAUGCACGAUAAGGACGACAAAACUUUGGAGGAAACAGCCAUCAGAGAAACGUGGGAGGAGCUUCGCAUACCGAGAGAAAAAAUUGAUGUGUGGGGUAGUGGAAACCCAAUGGGAAGACAACAUGUUAGUGUGCUUCCGGUUCUUGCCUAUAUCGGCGACAUUGAGCCAAACGAAUUACAGCUCAACACUGACGAAGUUGAAGAGGCCUUUGUUUUGAGCUUGAGCAAUCUGUGCGAUCCGACGAAGUCACGUUUUACCCAAUUUCGUGACAGUUUUACAUUGCCGACGUAUCUAGCUGGCAAACACCGUGUCUGGGGAUUGACUGCUGCUAUCACCCAUGUCGUGAUGAAAGCACUAGUUCCAAAUGUUUAUAAACAUAAGUUAGCCUACGCUCAACCUGUUCACGAUACAAAUCCAGCUUCGAAUAAAACAAAUUUAUCGGUUCCAUAAACCGAUACCAUUUCUGUACAUAUAAUUUAUUAUGUAAUAUUGUAAUUUUCAAAUAAUAUUAAAGACAGAUGUAAUUAUAUUAA